AUGGCCCUUCGUCCCUCUGCCUCUGGCGCUGCUCCAGGGGUCUCAACGGCUUCUUCAGGGGCUGAUCCGUCCGCCCUAUCAGCCCCUUCACGACCAGCUUCGGAGCCUCCACGUCAACCUCCGUCUCAGACUCAAACCACCCAAGUCCAAACGCCAAUUCAGCCUUCAUGGGCCCAAACUCCUGGCUCUACUGCAGAAUCUCCAUGGGGAGACCAGUCUCCGGCCCAAUUGGAUUCUCCAUGGGACCGAGCUCAAAGUCAGGAUCCCUCUCAAGACCAAUCUCAGAGCAUUCAACCUCAGCAACAACAACAAAUACGCUACGCCAAGUCGCCUCGUAUUCUCGCUUGUCAGCUAUGUCAAGGAAGAAAGAUCAAGUGCAAUCGAGUGUUCCCCUGCGACAACUGCAAGAGGUCCAAUGUCCAGUGCAUACCCAGUAAACCGGCACCUCUUAGAAAACGUCGGCCACCGCACCAAGCGCUCCAGGAAAAGCUGGCUGCCGUGACGGAAAAAAUGGAGCAAAUGAGGCGUGAAAUGGAUGCUGCCAAAGCAGGUGGUCAUGGUAUUGCUGUUUCGGUCACGCCGACACCGACUGCUUCUGCUUGGAAGUCCAAGGGAAACCCGACACUGAUCCAGGAGGAGGGCGGUGUCCGUUACAUGGACUCUCUACUGGGCACCGUGUACCAAGAGCUAGGGGAAAUAAGAGCCAUGGUGGACAAGGAGUCUGCUCUUGAUGAAAGUUCACCCGCCUCCUUUGCGCCAGCCGAUGGCUCAGAGCUGGUCAUCGGUCCCGACACUCCAACCGUGGAUGUCAUGUCCUUCUGGCCUGAACCCGGUCUUGUUUGGUCGCUCUGUGACAUUUUCUUCCAGAGAGUCAACCCGUUGAUGAAGAUUAUCCAUAAGCCGACGCUGGAGAAAUAUGUCCCGGAAGCGUCUAGCGGGCCAUUCGGGCUUCGUUCCAACAUGCGAGCCUUGUUCUUCUCUAUCUUUGUAAUGGCGGUCGUGUCGUUGGAUGCAGAUGAGUGCAUGAAGCGGCUAGGCUACGACAGGGAGCAGGCUCUUCGGAACUUUUCUCAAGGUGCUCGCUUGACAUUUUUACGAAUGGGCUUCCUCAGCACAAAUGAUCUUACUACUCUCCAGGCCUUUACUCUUUACUUGACAUCGCUCCAAGGCCGAUUCAAUCCUCAUGUCACUUGGAUUCUGCUCGGCACUGCCAUACGUCUGGCUCGAAAAUUGGGUCUUCACGUUGAUGGCAAACGGUUAGGGCUACCGCCCUUCGAAACCGAAAUGAGAAGGCGGCUUUGGUGGCAGCUUGUCGUGCUCGAUGCCAAAUGCGCAACGACAUCCGGCUUCAAGUCUGCGGCAGUGGUGCGAGACUUUUCCACCGAGCUCCCCAGAAACCUCGAAGACGCCGACAUGCACCCCGAUGCUAAAGAAGACUUUGUAGAACGCGAUGGCCCCACCGAGAUGAUCUUCUGCCUCAUGAUGUACAAGGCCACUGACUUCCUCCUCACCAACGGGCAGGAUUUCGAAGGUGUCCUGAUUGCGGCCGACCUGCCAGGCAGCCACGCGCCUGGCUCCGACGACCAACGUCACCGCCGCACUGUCGAACAACUCGCUCUCGAGUUGGCAGCGUUUACAGAUCGCUACCACUUGCACCCCGCCAACGGCCCGGUGCACGCGCUGGCUUCCAAGUUGAAGGAAUAUUUCAUCAAGAAACUCUGCAAUGCCAAACCUCAACCCCCUUCUACUUCUGACCAACAAGGUCCCGACGAUGUCGACCGCGCUUUCAGGUUAGCCAUCAUUGACCUCGAGCACAACGAGCAAAACCUUGAUAACAACGACCCUGCUUUCUUCUGGUUUUCGCGCAUGUACUUCCAGCCAUUCAACUUCAUGUACGUCGUCUCGCAGCUGUGCCAGGUCCAGUCCCCGCCCGCCAGUGAUGAGCAGAACACGAAGACACCAAACAUCAAGACCGAGUUAAUCGAUCGCGCUUGGCGGCAAAUCUCCUUUGUCUACAAACUCAAUACCGACCUGUUCGACAUGACAAACCGGUUGUACUUCCAAUGCGCGCGCAAAGUCCUUGAAGCUUGGCAGAAAAGGUCUGAAGCACUCCUCAGGCAGACUGGCACACGGCCACCUGUUCCGGCAUACGUCGAAAAACUCGCGAGCAUCAUCGGUAACGGUAACAGUAAUAAUAACGGCCGCUCUUUGCCGGCAACAAGAACAGGGAAAGGGACAGUACCGGCGGCCACAACACUGGCCUCAACGGCAGGAACUGUGUAUACCGUUGGUAACAGCUCCUCGUCGCUUCCACCUGGGCCUGCUGUUAGUGCAGGUCCCGGUGCCAUUUCUAUUCCCACGACGCAGGCACUGGGCCAAGGGCCACCACAAGAACCUUCGCAGUUCAUGGAAGGCAUCGUCGACUAUAUGGACCCGAAUAUGGCCUUUGCUGGAAACUUGUGGGGAGAUGGAGGGUUUGAAGAUCAGUUCCAGCAGUCUCAGAUGCCGAUGAUGGAUAUGAUGGAGGAUCCGACGACCGGUGUGUUGUAUAGCGGUCCGCCUUAUUAUUAUCCCGAUACGGAAGGAGGCGGGGAGCCGUCAAGGGGGAUGUGGUGA